AUGGUUUCUGAUAGAAAAUUGGCUAAUGUUGUUGGUGGAAAAACAGCAAGGGCCUGUGAUAAUUGUAUAAGAAAGAGGGCUAGAUGGUAUUGUGCAUCUGAUGAUGCAUUUUUGUGCCAAUCUUGUGAUGCAUCUGUUCAUUCAGCAAACCUUUUGGCUCGACGCCACAAAAGGGUUAGACUCAAGAUUUCUUCAUUCAAAUCAUUUGAGGAAUCUUCUCUUCGGAUUUCUGUGCCCUCAUGGCACCAGGGUUUCACCAGAAAGGCUCGAACUCCGAGGCAAAAAAGUCAUGCAGAGAAGCUCAAAUCUGAAGAACAAGUUGGAAACCCUCUUCAUCUUGUGCCUGAAAUUUGCAGCGAAGAGCACUCCUAUGAAGAAAAUGAUGAACAGCUUCUUUAUAGGGUUCCGAUUUUUGAACCCUUUGUAGCAGAGUUAUGCACUUCGGUAAAUGAGGAUGUGAUGAAUAAUGAAGCAGAAAAUGCAGAAGCUUCUGGGAGUACUGAAUCGAAAGCCAUGUCGAAUGAUUUGAGUCAAGAAAUAAAUCAUAUACAUGGGUUUCUUCCAUCCGAAAUGGAUCUUGCAGAAUUUGCUGCUGAUGUUGAAAGUUUAUUGGGUAAAGGGCUUGAAGAUGAGUCGUUUGAUAUUGAAGGGUUGGGACUUUUGUGCUGUGAAAAAGAAAAUCAUGACUCAAAGGAGUGUUCUUCGGGCAGUAGUGAAAAAGUGAAGGUUGAAGAUGAAGAAGUUGCAGAAAUAGUCGGGGCACAGGCACAUGGAAAUGGAACAGAGAUUGACUUGGAAAGAAAAUCUUUUGAGUUCAAUUUUGAUUAUGGUGAUUAUUCUCCAAUUACAGGUGAAGGAGAAGAUACUAAAGCACCAAUUAUUGGUGGUGGUCAGCCGAUAAUUAAAAAAUUCGAAGAUUUUAAUGAAGUCGAUGAUGAUACUAAGAAGAAGAAGAUAAUGUUGAGUCUAGACUACGAGGGUGUGAUGUCGGCUUGGGACGAACAAAGGUCCCCAUGGACAACUGGUGAACGACCGGAAUUGGAUUUCAAUGACUUUUGGCCUGAAUACAUGGGCACUUGUGGUACAAUGCAUGUAUAUGGAGGUACGGGAAUGAUGAGUGGACAUGCAGCAGCAAUGGUGGACGGAGGUAGAGAAGCCAGGGUUUCUAGGUACAGGGAGAAGCGCCGAACCAGAUUGUUUUCCAAGAAAAUAAGGUACGAGGUUCGGAAAUUGAAUGCUGAGAAGAGGCCCAGAAUGAAAGGGAGAUUCGUUAAGGGAGCAAAUUUUGUAGCAACAGCUUUUCCUUUGCUCAAGAAAUAG